AGAUAAAAAAAAAAAAACGUCAUCUGCUUGGAUUCAUAAGGUUUUCGUUUUAAGAUCAAUGCUACUGUAAGGAUGAAAGAACCUCAGAUACUUUGAGAUUCUGAGAAACAGACAAUACACGAGCAUGUUCGAGACACCCCACCGAGUGGAGGAGCAGAAAACGCCUCUCUCACACGUUAUCAGUUCCUUCUCUUCUUCACCCAUCCUCCCUUCUCUUGGUUCACUCAGAAUGGUCAAUAGUAUAAUGUUCUACAUGAAUGCAAGUCAUAUUUUCAGUCAUGUUUGGUGUCAUUUGAAUUGUCUCAGGGCGACUGGUACAAUGGUCUCAAUUGUACAAGAAGUAGAUAAAAAAAGAGUUGAGCGAUAUUUUGCUCACUGUAGAGGGUGUGCCAUUUCCUAUUGUUUUUCAUGCAAAAUACCUUUUGUCUCAAGAGGUGAGAACGCUACAUUAUAAAUGCAAAUUCCAAUUGAUAGUUCUUGUCUCCAUCUCGGGGGAUGUUUGUCUUGGUCUGAGGUACUUAAAAAGUUGCAAGAGGAUCAGAACCUUCUGUAGCGAGAAUGAGCCCAUAGAGCAUGAAGUGUGUCCAUUUUUCUAAAAGCCAGGGGUCAGAGAACACCAGGGAAGAUGAACAACAGUUCAUUCUGCGAUACUGGGUUUCAGACCGGUCUCCUCACUCCAAUGUAUAGCAUUGAGAUGUGUGUGGCCCUUGUUGGGAAUAUAUUUGCCCUGUGGCUCCUGGUGACCAAAGAGAGGCAGAACUGGCACACCGGAGUAGUGCUCUCCUGUAACCUGGCCAUCUGUGACAUUCUUUACGUCCUGACCUUGCCUUUGCUCAUCAAUUACUAUGCCAAAAAUAAGGAUUGGACCUUUGGAGAUGCUGCAUGCAAAAUCGAACGCUUCCUCUUCAACUGCAACCUCUACGGCAGCAUUUUCUUCAUCAUGUGCAUCAGCGUCAAUAGAUACCUUGCCAUAGUUUUCCCCUUCUUCACCCGGAGCUACGUGCGCCCUAAACAUGCCAAGAUCGCAAGCGUGCUGACGUGGUUCAUCGUGACGAUCACUUCAUUGCCAGUCCUCAAAUUUGCUGGAACCGAAGUUGAACAAAAACAAACUCUUUGUGUCUCACGUAAUGAUAAAACCCUGAAAAUCCCCCAUUUUAAGUACACCCUAUUUCUUACGGUUGUAGGAUGCAUGAUUCCAUUGUUAAUUACCUUUGCGUCUUAUUUGGGUGUGAUUUGGACCGUUCUGAGAAAUAAAAACAUAACCACACUCGAGAAGAGGAAGGUAGCACUGAUGGUCGCUCUUGUGUGCAUUCUUUAUGCCAUGUCAUUUGUGCCCUAUCAUGUUCUGCAGACGUACAAAACGUAUCUGAAGGUUAUGAAUUGCUUGGUGUAUAAUUCAUAUCAAGUGUCAAAAGUCCUGGCCACCCUCAACAUGUGCUUGCAUCCGCUUCUAUACAUGGCUGUGUUUGACAGCAUACGGACAGUUUGCUGUGGAAAGAGCUCAGAUGAUUUAUCUUCUUAGUAUCUUGGCCAAAACCUCAUGCUGUAGCUUCCUGGAUGUAAAUUAAAUGAUGCUUGUACUCUGUUCCUGUGCGUCUGCAAAACACAAACCAAAUGAAAAUUGUUUUGCUGGUGUCAUUUUUGUAGUCAAAAGCAAAGAAGAACAUUUCUGACAGUAAAAGCUGACAAUUAAAAUGUAUUUGAAGUUGCAAAAAAAGCCUAUUAAA